ACGUUUCGUUCUACAGGCAGUCUACAACGUUGAACUAGUACCGGCCAUGGCGGGUCGCAAGCAGCCACCUACUAGCGCACCUGGUAUGAAAGCUCAACGACUUGUUAUCAAUGCAUCCCAUAUCGCUGUGACGCAUACAUACCUUGCGCUCGCCGCGUUCGGUCUUGCCUUAUUUCUCGGCUGCGCGCUGCAUUACGAAAAAAUCGUGAAGAACGGGGUUGCCGGAUACCCUGACGAGUGGUUUCCGUCAGUCUCAGCCACUAUCGGUGACUGGUACCCGGAGCGUAAUAUUUUUCAGAUUCUCAUCGCUUUGACGUCUGGUCCACGCUUCGCCCUUGUAUCUUUGCAGUAUUUCGUCAGGCGCUCGCCAAGCACCAGUUGGCCGGGUUUCUUGUUCGCUGUGGGUAUCAUUCGGACACUGAUGUGCGGUGGUUGGGUGUAUAUCACGUCCAACGAUGACCAUGAUAUGCAUGAUCUUCUCAUGAUUACAUAUAUCCUGUGCAACGUGCCAUGGAUGUGGGGAGGCGUCCUAUGUACUCCAUUUGGGCACGUGAAAGCACGUCAGCAACGCCGAUAUCUUGCGACAGGGUUCUUCGUAUUAAUCAUACCCAUGAUUUAUUUCUUCGUUCAACACAAGAUAUACCGGAUUCCUGGAGCGUAUACCCGCUAUUCAUUUUUCGAGUGGUCCCUGAUCUUGCUCGAUGUUCUGUUUGACUCGAUCACAGAGCUUGACUUCAAAACCUCUAAUUUGCAGAUUGUGCUCAGUGUUUCGUUGGACGCCAAAGUCGGGCGUGAUGACAUAUCGCAUUCCGCACCAUCCAAAGGGUCAGAUAGUGUGACUGAAACAAAAUUAGAAGGGUCAGCCGCGUCAUCAGAAACCAAGCAAAUGGCCAGCCAUGUAUCAGGAGCUGUGCCUCGGACAUUUUUCCAGAAAAUCCAGGCUGCACUUACGCUUUCUCUCGAUGCGCGAGCAGCUAUAGGUUUCAUCUCAGAUGUGUAUUUGUCUUACUUGUUUUGGUCCAUCUUCACUUCCCUCAUCACCACGCUGUUCUAUUUUUCUGUCUGGCAACUUGCGCUCUCAGGUUCGGAGUUGUCUUUGCUCUGUCUGCUCUCCCCUGCGCUUUCGGGCAUCAGGCCGUUGCGCACUUGGGCGCUUACGCGCAGUGGUCGGGUCACGUUAAAGGCGGUGGCAAUUCUGACAGGCUUGGGGUCUUAUAUCUUGAACAGCCCCAUGCGAAGAUUGUUUAUGGUCAACUUUGCGAAUGUGGUGCUCCUGAUAGGGCAGACCGUGGACUGGUCAGCUGGGAAGGAUGGGUAUCAGGGUUUGCUCCUUGGUCUAGGACUUGUAUUGCUUUCUCUAGCAAAACACGCGAAUCAUUCAACAAAUCCUGUAUGGCCGAUGCUCAAUGAGCAGUCUGGAGGGUACAACAAAACAGGACUUUUUCUAGCACUUUGCGCGCUAUAUGAGCUUGCUACCCGCCCCAAGGUUACCUCACACGGAUGGCUUGCAGGCUCCAUUGCGCUCGGCAGCAUGAUCUUCACUCUCCAUUGCUUCUUCAUAGACCCCAGUACUAUCAUUGCGUGGUCUUGGACAGGAUACAAAAACAGCCAACCCAAAGGCCCUCUGCCACAUCUCCACGGCUCUCUCACUUUGAUUGCGCAGGCUAUAGGUCUCGCAAUGCCUACAAUUCUCCCUGCAUACUGGCUGAGUAGUCCAUUAUGGUUCAGCUAUGGUUGCGCAAGCGCAUUCAUGAUGUACCGCUUCAGGGACUGGACGGGCUUCGUUGGCGGGCUGAACUUGGCGGUGUUCGUUAUGUCAUUGCUCCCUAGAAUCAUUCAACAAUCUGCCCAGCCGACUAAGGCUGGGAGGACAUAUUUCACAGCAUUCUUCGUCACGGUUCUAUUCUACCUUGCCGAUGUGUGGACAGUCGCCUAUGCGUUCGUACCAGGGGGUCCGUACUUGCGUGAGCGCUCGGACUUGGUCCUCAUCACGCAAUUUGUCGCAACGUCGCUAAUAUUUGAAUGGCCAUCAAGAAAAAGGACUGCAGCUAAUACCAUAGUUCACAUGCCAAGCUCAGCGAGUUCCCUUGCUCGUUGUCUUCUUACACUUUUCUCGUUGUCUGCUGUCCUUGUAACAAUAUACCGCUGGACUCCUGUUGGACCAAGACCCUAUAAAUCGGGCACGGGGAUAAUCAACGCUGGAAUAUGGACGGUGCAUUUCGGGAUCGACAAUAUCGGGCACGACAGCCAAAGGCUGAUCCGAGAUAUCAUAAGAGAUAUGGAACUUGACGUAGUUGGCCUUUUGGAGACUGAUCUGCACGUGAUCGCUCUCCAAGACCUCGGAUAUUAUGUCGACCUGGGCCCAGGACCUAACAUGCAUACGUGGGGUGCUGCUCUACUUUCGAAGUUCCCUAUUGUUCACUCGCAGCACCACCUCCUACCCUCACCACAUGGCGAGCUCGCGCCAGCAAUCGAAGCUGUGCUUGACGUGUAUGGGACAGAGGUAACUGUAGUCGUAUCACAUAACGGGCAAGAGCAAGACCCGCUCGACCGUGAAUUGCAGAGCAUGGACCUCGCACGCAUCAUGGCAAAGUCGUACCCUCAACCCGUUAUCUUCCUUGGAUACGUAGUCACAAAACCGCAUGCUGGUAGACCGGCGCCCUACGAGAUUUUGGUGCACGAUGGUAUCGUACAUGACAUUGACCCGCAGGACUGGGAUCGCUGGUGCGAGUACAUUUUGUAUAGGGGGCUUUACCGGACUGCGUAUGCUCGCGUCUCGCGAGGCAUCGUUACCGAUACAGAGCUACAGAUUGGACAGUUUGUCGUUCCCCGACAUGGCUUCCAGCUUGUGAACCAGACACUCGAAGACCGAAUGCUAAGGGCAUGGAAGGAGGAUCUUCCGGAGGAUCAUUGGUUCCCAAUGGAAUACUAUGGCAACGAGGAUGAGGGAGGUAUGAACGGGCAUUUUUACCACGUGUUUAACACUGUGAGGCUUCAUCCCGUUGCAGACACGUCUCACAUACUGAUACUGUGACCGCUGUAUUAUAAAUUUCCUGAGGGUGCACAGGUUUAGGGGUGUACCAGUGUAGUUGAUGCAUCUGUAUUUUUAUUUUUGUUGUGUUUCACUGUGGCUCUUGCACUCUGCAUCUCUCAUCUUUAUCAUAUUGUGCAACUUCUGUGAUGUUCAGAUGUCCUGUGCUCUGAUUCCCAACCUAGCUUGUGCUUUGUGUUUUUCACUUUGGAUGUCAGCUUUUUGAAAUACUGCAGGACAAUAAAGCUCAUUAGGUUUUUUUAUAUCCAAUUUUUGUCCAGUUUCUGCAGAACAGAGGCAAGUGAGCAUGUGGAGAAAGAGCUAUAGGAGAAUGUAUUAUCUCAGUCUCAGUAAAAGGACUCUGUAUGUGAGUAGGCACCUAUAGGAGAAUGUAUUCUAAUAUUUUUGUUAGCUU